UUGGUGCGCUCUGGCAUCCCACCAGUACACCAAAUAUACGACCGUAGGAAAUAUAACUUACAGGUUUAAAGUUCCAUUAAGUUACAGACAUAGUGUGGAUAAUGUACAUAACUGCGGGAGUCAACAUACACAAACGCUAGUUCUUACGGUUUCAGUUUUCUGAACGGAAAAGAACUCUGACGUAAAUGUUCUAUGUACCACCGUUAUCGAAUUGGCCACAAGAUGAUUGGAACCAUAUAGUACUAGAACAUUACAGUACUGACUAGAACAUUAUGAGGUAAUGCUUGUGUGUUACAUUCUUGACUCCUACGAGAACUGGAACUUAAUGAAACUCGUAUUUAUAUGUCAUGUACUUGGUUCUCAUAAUGACUGGAACUUUAUGAAACUCACACUUGUAUGUUAUCUCUAACAUUGUUAGUUACUUGGUCCUCUACAUGGUAGGCACCUUGACGUGGUGUAGGGGCUUAGCUACAACUGAGUCUAUAAAUAUGAAUAUUCGCAAUCACCUGGCAUUUGUCAGCUGACUGUAAAUUUUUAUCGUUUCUAGAACGAGAUGUAUAACCAAGAUCUACCUGUAGGUAGUUUUGUGUUAUUUUAUGUAGUAAUAGUAGUAAUAAUUGCAUGUGUAAUAGUAGUAGUAACUUUUUGUAGGCUGACUGAUGUGGUCCGAAUGGCUACUAUAACAUCUUAGCGUCUCGGGGAGCAGAUGAGUCUUUGCAUUUUGGUGGUACUCAUUAAGUUCGUCAGUCAAUCGAUCGGCCUUUAAUGGAAGUGUAGUUGUUUGUAGGAUCGAUGACCCCAAAGCAGUUAGGUCAUGUCUCUGCUGGUUUUGAGGUCGCCAGCAACUAGGCGGGGUGAAGGAAAACACCCUGGGUUUGAUUGAAGUUAUGAAAAAUCUGUAGUUUUUGUCCCUAGUCUAAAAUUUUUAUAGAAGCAUGUAUGGUGUAGUAUGUGUGAAUGUAUGAAUGAGACCCGAACAAUCCCCCAAUCUACGGUGGAACAGCUAUGCCUGUAGGAACUUGGUCGCGGGGCUAGUGACGACCUUAAUAGCGAACUGCGGAUACCAGGCAACCUCCGCUUUCAAUUUGCCUUCUGUCGGUAAAUGGGCUCUGCCGAUGGCGACUUUAUACUUCCCUAAUACUCGUGGGAUAUCUUAUGGAUACAUUUAAAAAACAAACUAAAGGGGAUGAUGCUACCCUUAUCGCAUCAAACACUACUGCUGUCGGGCAGGAAAUAAACAACGACCAGUCGACUGUUGUGUCACAGGUCAGUGAACCUUUUAUAGAUGGUGCUGUAGGGCACAUCUACAAAAAUAUACACGCUGUGGAAAAUGUUGUUUUUCCAGAGUAUAAUGAUGCUAGCAGCACAGAAGCUGAAGGGUCUGAUGCUGCCUCUAUUGACAUUGAUGGAGUCAGUCUCUGUUCUGAACAGUCAUGUGCUACUGUUGUCAAUGUUAGUAUGAAAGGGACCAGUUCACAUGACCAGAAGGGUUUUGUAAAACUGAGCUCAAUGCAGAAGAGGAGGUUAAAGGCUUACAUGAGCCAGGGACACUCCAGGAAUGUGGCCCUAGACAUGGUGUCUAAACUUCCAACUCGUGCGCCAACUAAAAGGACUUUAUCUGACGACAUGGUCAUGCCAGCUGGUAAGAAACCAAAGCAGAACACCUCGAUUCAGGGAUCGAGUAAACCCUCUUUUAGCCAAGUAGCAAGUCAGGCCAAGGGGAUCAAAUUAGGAUUUGUUCCUUUUGAUUUGGCUAAGUGCCCCUUAAACAGGGAACAGAUUGAACAGCUACAGGAGGCCAUAAUUGAGACUGCCAUAGAGUUGGCAUCAGAUGAGGUUAAACCAGAAUUUGAAGGUUGUUACCCUCGCACGGGAUGGCUCAUGGUGGUGUGCACAAAUAUCCAAACGGCUGAAUGGGUCCGUAAAAAUGCGGCAGCUAUUGCAACAAAGGCUAAACUGGGCGCCAAAGUGGUUGAAGAGUCGGAGUUCCCAAAAACACACCUGGUGCGAGGAUAUUUUCCGCACAGUUACGAUUUUGAAAACACCAAGGUCCUUGCCACAAUUGAGGCCCAGAACAGGAUAAAAGCAAGCACCUGGAAAGUGUUACAGCGGACUGCAGAAGGUUCUCUGCUCCACAUCGUCUUUGCUGUCGACGAUGCAUCCUGGAACUCACUGGUCCAGAGUGGAGGUAGAAUAGCAUAUCGCUUCAGCCAUGUCAAGCUACUGCUUAAAGCUAACAAUAUGACAAAGGAGGGGCAGCCAGAACAACGGCCUGUGGAACAAAAGGUUCCAAACAAACUCCAUUUCACAAGGACGGAGAGACAGAAAGUGGAGCACGUGGUCCCACAAUCAAUACUUACGUCUACUGUGACUCCCAGUGAGGCCCCAACGACUAGUAGAGCCGGCAUUCAAAAGAGGCUUUCGAUGCAGCCACCUGUGGGUGGAGCAUCAACAACUCCAAAUGAGCGCCAUAGAGAAAGAGGGCCACGAAGAGCUCGAUUUCAGAAGGAAGUCGAACGCUCUCUUAAUAAAACCCAACCCAACUAAAAUGAGCACCAUAGGGGUGUUACAGGCGAACCUGCACCACGCGAAAGGAGCAUCGGCUACUUUGUGCAGGACCAUCGCCACAAAAGGACUGGCCAUAGCACUUAUCCAGGAGCCAUGGACAGUCGGUGGGCAUAUAAAAGGCCUUCAGCAUCAAUCAAAUUUCAUCCAGAGGGACUUGGUGACGGCCAUUUUUGAGGUCCCGACGGAGUGCGGAACACGAGAGAUCGUGAUAGCAUCGGCCUACUUUUCAGGCGAUGCAGAUGAAGCACCACCUCAAGCAGUCACGA